AUGACCUUUGCUCUCGUAGGCCACUAUCUCUACCAAGCCUACAAGGCUAAGAAAGCCGAAAGCCUUCGCGAACAGCAAGAACGAGGUACGAUCCAAGAGGUACGAGCCCCUUCACCCGAAAAGACCCCUUCAGCCCUGCGGAGAAUCUCAUACAGCGCGAAGAAGGCUGCUAGCAAGGUCCGUACCCACUUCUCAUCUCGCUCAACCCGCCAAGCACCACAAGACGAAGACUGCGAGAAGCUGCUGACGAGUCCUCAGCAACAGCCUGAAUCGCAGCCGACUGUGAUAAACUAUGAACCCGGUUUAGACGGCGCAGGCACAACUUUCCAUCAGUAUGCCAAGAACACCGCACUUGACCAGUCCGACAUCUUCGAGCCAGCUCCAGCAUCACGCUGGACAGCGCAGCCUGAGCGAUACAUCUGCAUGCACGUCACGAACACGGCUCCAGCUCAGACUCCCGCCUCAUGCUCCACACUGAUGCGUGCAGGACGUUUCCGCGAGUACACUCCCAUCGUCGCCGAUACCACGCCAUCUCCACCGCGGACGACAGACCGUACCCUCGACCACGUGCCCGUUGCACCAAAGAAAGCCAGCCCUCGACCCAGACUGAGGCGCGAGAAACGGUUCGAGGCAAGUCUUCGAGCUGAAGGACCCAGAUUUGAAGGCUACCAGCCACUACGGUCACCCAGGAACGGGUUCGAUUUAGAUGCGAUGAGCAGAGAAGAGUUCAAGGCGUGGCUACUAUCUGGCGGUGAGGACUUCCCGGGCUCGGACGUUGUGCCGUUGUUGGAGGAAGAUUGGUGA